AUGUCGCAAUUGAACGAAGACCAGAAAAGAGUCUUCGAUAGAGUAUGCGUAGUUUUGCAAAAUAAAAAUCAGAUUCUGCGACUGUAUGUAAGCGGCGAGGGUGGUACAGGGAAAAGUUUUCUUAUUGAAACGAUUAAACAUUGGAUCGGAAUAAAUUUGAAAAAAGUGACUGCCAUAUCUUCUCCCACGGGUAUCACGGCAUGCAAUAUCAAUGGUUUGACGAUCCAUAGAAUGUUUCAGCUACCUGUUACCCAUGAAUCCAUGGCAAAGUAUACGCACUUGUCAGAUAUGGUUUUGAAAACUUUGAGAGAGAAAUUAAAGAAUGUCGAAUUAUUUAUAAUCGAUGAGGUUUCCAUGAUUUCGAAUGUGACACUGAUGUUUAUUAAUUUACGAUUAUGUGAAAUUUUCGACACGACAGAUACAGACGACGGUUUUUUUGGCAGAAAACACAUUCUUCUGUUUGGAGACUUGCUGCAGCUUCCCCCUGUAAAAGAACAAUUUCCGUUCGUUAAAAUGUCUCGAUCAGAGAUUCAGAUGUAUUUAGGUACCAUGGGUGGAUCUGAUUUGUGGAGAUUGUUCGAAUACGACGAACUUUUGAUUAAUAUGCGACAAAGAUGUGACAACACAUACCGCGAGAUACUUUCUAGA